CAGAGUGGGAUCUGCAGCAGAACAAGAUCACAUAGCAGAUAUACCAAGCAAGUGUGAGACUGUCGACUGCCCAUGACUCUAAAAUAUGAUAUGAGGUAUUGAUUUCUUGAUUGGACUGGACCAUACAGGUCAUGUGAGCCCAAGAGACAAUCAGUUUGGGAUAGCUGAGAUCAAGUCGUUGUGCUAUCUUGAGGGGCAAAAUUAUGACUUCAGUGCUUCAACUGAGUGAUUUUAUCAUUUCUUGUCUGUUUCUGAUCAACUGGAUAUAAAUCGAGCAGUAACUUUGGAGGACUUGACCGUAGGAGUGCUUUUUGAGUGGAGAAAGAGACGCGUUAGAAACAGGAGGCACAGACAUGAUGGUACUCUGUGGCUAUUUACUUUUCUGCCUCACGAGGAUAGAGUGGUUCUACCCGUAACAGACGAGAAGAGUUGAAAAAAGGAAGCCUGAGGAGAAACAUGCAGCAGUUUGACUAAAAGACUGGGAGAUCUAGAAGAAAAAGAAAGUCGGAAAUCAACAAUUAUUCAAAAACCUUGCACACAAGGAAACAUUGUGCCUCACCUCUCGUUUCCAGUUGACACUGACCCUGUUUUGGGCGAAGCUGUCCACUUCCUGUGAGCCUGGUCAGUUUUGUAUGAGCCGGGCUGAUAGUGUGAAGCCCCUCUGGCUGUGCCCCACCGAGGCAUGAGUGUAGGAAGGGCCCACCACCACAGCUUUGUGUCCUGUGAAGAAGAAGGCCUAAGACUAAGUACCAUGCCUGCUGUGGGCAGCUUUGGCAAUGGCAAGAUUCACACGAGACGCAAAUACCACAGCCGGUUCGUCAGCAAGGCUGGCCAAUGCAACAUCCAUUUCUCAAACAUGGAUGAGAAGUCACAGCGAUAUAUAUCUGACAUUUUCACAACAUGUGUGGACAUCCGCUGGCGAUACAUGUUCUUGCUAUUCAGCCUGGUGUUUGUGACGUCCUGGCUAACAUUCGGCUUGGCGUUCUGGGUCAUCGGCCUCCUACACGGUGACAUGGAACAUCCCGAAGGGGAUGACAGUUUUGUUCCUUGUGUCACACAGGUCAACACCUUUGUGGCCGCUUUCCUGUUCUCUGUUGAGACCCAGACAACCAUUGGGUAUGGUGCUCGCUGUGUGACAGAGGAAUGCCCGGCUGCUGUCUUCAUGGUGGUCUUUCAGUCCAUCAUGGGCUGCAUCAUCGACGCCUUCAUGAUUGGUGCCAUCAUGGCCAAGAUGGCGAGGCCCAAAAAGCGUGCAGAGACUCUACUGUUCAGCCACAACGCAGUCAUUGCUUUACGUGAUGGGAAGCUGUGCCUCAUGUUUAGGGUUGCUAAUCUAAGGAAGAGCCACAUUGUGGAAGGUCAUGUGCGAGCCCAGCUCGUCAAGCCCCGUUUCACGGAGGAAGGCGAAUACAUCCCCUUGGAUCAGCUUGACAUGAACGUAGGCUAUGACAAAGGCACGGACCGCCUGUUUCUGGUUGCACCCCUCACUGUCAUACAUGAGAUUGAUGAAGAAAGUCCACUGUUUGGCAUCAGUAAACAAGAUCUCACAACAUCUGACUUUGAGAUAGUAAUUAUACUUGAAGGUAUGGUGGAGGCCACAGCCAUGACGACACAGGCACGCAGCUCUUACCUGCCCUCAGAGAUCCUGUGGGGUCACCGCUUUGAGCCCCUCAUCUUUGAGGAGAGAAGCCAGUACAGGAUAGAUUACGCCUACUUUCACAAAACAUUCGAAGUACCAUCCACCCCCAGGUGUAGUGCCAAGGACAUGGAGGACAGAAAAUUCCCAACAUCUGGCGCCAACUCUUUCUGCUAUGAGAACGAGCUGGCCUUCCUCAGCAAGGAUGAGGAGGACGAGGGAGAUGUGGACAAAGAGGAAAACAGGAAGUGUUCAUCGGAGCUAGUGAAUGAACAGGGAGGUGAUCAACAGUCCUCCCGUAGAGAAUCGGCGAUUUAACCUUUGGCUGUUGCUGGUUUUAUUUGCUUUUAGAUGCAGAGCAAUGCAAGCGUUUGAAGAGACCUAUGACUGUCAUGCUACUGAUAUGAGGAUACCUGUACAGGUGGAGAAACAGCAGUACUGAUCUCCAACAGACAAGCAAGGAUGAAACUCAUCACAUUUCUCAUUGGAUUAACUCUGGCUUCCCUGGGAUGGUUAUUGAGUCAUGUUUCAACUUGCAGAUGAUCCUAGUAGUAAAGUGCAUGGCAAUAACAUAGUUUUGUAUGAAUAUUUUGAGAAAUGUUUCAUAGUUUUGGUAGGUGCUGUUCACAGUUCUUAAAAUAUACAAUUUGCCACUGAGUGUAGAAUGACAGUGACACUUUGAAGAUUGUGUUAAGAAAACUAAACCUUUGGGAUAUUUCUCCAGAUUAGUUUGGUAAGAUCAACAGUGGAUUUUCCUCUUCAUGAUAUAACUUAUAUGAACAAUAACACUGACUAUUCUACAUCAUACAAUGUCAAUGGAUGACUUGGUUAGUUGGCAUACAUACAUGGACUACAUGUAACUAUAACACAUGACAAGGUAUAGUUUUAAAUAUUUCCAUCACAGAAAGGGAAACACACACUUGAUGGUGAUCAUACGUCAUUUAUUAAAAGGAAAACUAUUCAUCUCUGUCUUUACGUUUCAACCAGAGGAAAACAUUUGACCGGAGGAGAUGGAGUAGAUUUAUUUCUCAACAGUUUGGCAGAAACAUUUUGUAUUUUGCAAAACAAUGGGUCCUUGAUUUAAUGGGUCCUUGAUUUAUACAUGUACUGCUGCAGGUCAAAACGCCAUCAUCACCACCUGUUUUAAUCUAAAAAAAGAAGAAGAUUAGAAUCAGCCAAAGACAGAUAACGAGCCUCUGGAUGUUCAGCCCUUUCUGUAACAUCGGGACAUGAACACACAGCAAGAACAGUAGAAUCCAACUCUGACCCUCUCACAUAUUGGUAAUCAAAUACUUUGCACAUAAUUUUGAGUGCCUCCACAAAAGUGUCUAUCACAUGCAUAACUCGUGGGAGACAGAGUGGAGCAUUGCAUCACAUCAGUGAUCUAUAUUAAGAUAAAAGGCUAAAUCCACCCUGACACACAAAGUACAGUACUGAGAAUAUCUCUGCAAGUUCUUGAAAGUCUAUAUGAAGCCAAAAUAUGAAUAACCCUUCAAUGUUUUAAAUGUUCAAGGGACAUGUUUCUCACAUUAACAUAUUUUUUAAUCACUUGUGAAAAAAACUAAGCCCUAGCAAGAUCGUAUGACGUGUCUUAUACGACAGCAUUGAGUCAAUUACCUUUAUACAUUGCAGGUUGUUAUUGACUUUGAAUGAAGUGUGUUUUACGAUGCCUUACAUUGGUGUCUAGAUUGGGGUUUAGCCAAUUGUGGGUUGUGUUCAUUCAAUCCCACAAUACAGCUGUGGUCGUUGCAGACACACCUGGUGAGUACACAUCUCUAGUUGAAUUUGGUUCUAGUAUUGAAUCCACUGAUGGCAUAUAAUGGUUUAUGUUGUUUUUCUGUGCUCUUUUGACCAGAGGCAUUAGUCUCUUUCUUUUUUUAAAUAUUAAUAGGACAACGAGUAAUAAAGAUGUUAGGUCAGAAUGUGUACCACCAGGUGAAUUAGUUUUCCCUCCGCAUUUCUCAAACAAAAAACUCCAAGUGGGUUAAUUUAUACACCCGACUGCCAUUUCAACGAAUUCCAACACAUUUGUAUUUAUAUCCUGCUGACUUGUGCUGAAGUUAUAAGAAUGGGCUCGCUCCAGGUAAACAAAUAGUGGUUCUACUGCCAUUUCAACCAAGAGCAGGUUUAGUAAGACUCAUUUGUACAUUUGUUAGACAGCUAUUGUAAAUAAAUUAUUAUUACUUUGGGUUUUAUGAUGUUUCUGGCUGAAUAGACAAUAAGUUAUGAUGCAUUGUUUUAAAAAACAGUGUUAAUAACAUACAUUUUUCGAUCAAAGCAAGAAACUGGAGAUUUCUCUUUGCUUGAUGGACUGAAAUAACAACUGAAUUGAACGAUCUCUUCUUGUCUUCCACUAAAUGCAUAUAAAGCAAUCUUGACCCUGAGUUGCACUUUGUUUUCUCCUGAAAGGGUUUUAAUUUGUUGUGUGUGACAACAAUAUAUAAAUUGACAGACAAAUAAAAAAAAACUCCUGCUGAUUUCCACAAUAAAAAAUAUCUCACAAAGUCAACAGUUUUCUUUUUACUUCAUGGUAGACGGACACAAAAUGCAGGGAUUAUUUUACAAUAAGCAUCUGCUGAAUGCAUUUCAAGUCAUAACAAAUAAAUGCUGUAGGGAGCUGUUUGAUAAACACAGAGGAAUGGACAGUCAUGUAUGGCUGUGAUUUGGUCACACGGUAUCGGGUUUGAGUCAGAGGUUUCUUAUUUCCCUCUUAUGUAACCAAUCAGGCAUGUGUUUAGGUACAGACACGACUUGGCAGUCCUUGAUUUCCCUGCCCUGUGUCCUUGAACAUCGGAAAAGAGAUCUCAUGCACCCAAGCACACCCAAACAACUUACACACACACACACACACACACACACACACACACACACACACACACAAACUUAAACCUUUGGCUGAAUUGUCCAAAAUAUGUGUUGGCUUGUGAAGCAUGACAUCUAUAUCAGCUGACAGUUUCAAUAACUGAAAUACUUGACCAGAGCAACAAAGGCAUGAUCUCAGUUUCUACUAAUGGGAAAUGCGUAGAAGUCCUUUAAAAUGAGCAAAUAUAAGUAGAAUAUCACCGUGCCUGUGUGUUGGAGGUAUACGACUAUCCAAGCAUAAUGUUACUCAGAUCUGGUUUCAUUUAAUUACCAUUUAAUACGACCUAUCAGCUAAAGAGCUAAAGAGUGGGUGUGUGAGAUAUUAAACUGUUAUCCUGGCAUCAAAUCCCAUCACAGUGGCAUUUAACAGAAUAAACUGUUCUUCCCUUUCAUGCAUUUAACUUUCAGGAAGAUAUCUUGAGCGCCAAAUGAAAGUCUAAUUUCAUUCUGUGCUGUAUUCUUUGAGAUGUGCUGCGUUAUGGAAGGAGCACUGAGAAUAGACUGGGAUGCUUGCCACCCACUCGGCAGUGUUGGAGGAUGAA